CGUUAAAUAAAACUGAUAUCCUAUUUAUUCUUUAGAUUCAUUUAUUUUUAUAUCAGCGCCUCAUCCUCGAUGGCUGUCAGCUUAGCGUUUGCUGAAGACGAGGCACAUGUCAGGUAGUAACGAGGCCUCGGAGAUGAAUGCAUCACCGUUUUACGUCUGGAGGGUGUAAUAGUAGAGCCACGCGAUCCGUAACAGUUCCUCGCCAGGCUGCAGCCAGCAGCAUCGGUGGGGUAGCACCAGCCUCAGAUAAAAAGAGGGAGCUGAGGAGGAGGGAGCAGGAGAGGGAGAGUGAUGAGUGAGCGAUAGGAAGCAGAAGCAGCGUGGAGGGAGAGAGGGAGACAUAGAGAAAGGAGCUGCUCCCUCCAGGAUCCGAUGAUUACAGGGCAGCUGAGCAAGCCGCUGCUCUCCCUGCGCAGCGACAUGAGCGCAGCAGAACUCCGGGCGGACGACAAAGCGGCCACCCCAGACAGCGAUCUGAACGAUGAGCCCCUGCUCCUGCCCUCUGACGCCACGGACAGAGAGGGCACUCCCAACAAGCUUUACGGGAUCCGUGACGGAUCGGUCCAGUCCGACGCCAGCAGCAGUCCGUCCGAGCAGAGCCAGCUGGGCCAGUCUCACCCAGGUUACCCCAUGGGGCCACAGUCUCUCUUAGUGGCCCAGCAAUUGGCCAACGCCGUCGGUGGUGUGAUGUCCGGGGCGGCGCCCGGCAUGAAUCAGCCCAUCCUCAUCCCCUUCAACGCGGGUGGACACCUGGGCGGGCAGCAGGGCCUGGUGCUCUCCCUGCCCACAGCCAACAUCCAGAGCCUGGUGGCGGCUGCCGCUGCGGGGGGCAUCAUGACGCUCCCCCUCCAGAAUCUGCAAGCUACCUCAUCACUCAACUCCCAACUCCAGCACCUGCAGCAGCUCCAGCAGAUGCAGCAGCACCACCAGCAGCAACAGCAGCAGCACCACCACCACCAACAGAGCCACUCCCACACUCAGAACCAGCUGCCAUCCCAGCAUCACAUCACCAACCAGCAGCACACCUCGGUCCCAUCUCCGAGCUCCACCUGCUCUUCCACGUCCGGACAGCCACAGCAUUCGCCGCCGCACCGGCCCAACCAGUCGCCCGCUCGCAGCCUACCCUCACCUGUGACUCCCCCAAUGCCUCUGCCGAUGAAUCCUCUGGCCAGCCCGGCAGCAGUAGCAGCAGCGGCAGCCGCCAUGGGCUCCAUCGCGGGCUCCCAGGUGUUUGGAAACACCCUGUCGAACCUGCAAGGCGCCACUGGGCAGCUUGUCACCAAUGCGCAAGGACAGAUAAUUGGAACAAUCCCACUGAUGCCCAACUCUGCAGGGCCCUCCAGCCAAUCAGGGGGUGGCAACCCAGCGCUGCAGGUACAGCCAAUUACACCUCAGCUUCUGACCAACGCUCAAGGCCAGAUCAUCGCCACGGUGAUCGGCAAUCAGAUCCUGCCUGUCAUCAACACCCAGGGAAUCACGCUGUCACCAAUCAAGCCUGGACAGCAGCUGCCGCAGGCUCAGCAGGCGCAGACGGGCGCCGCAUCGUCGCAGCCCAACCUGCUCCACAUGCCCCACAGGCAGAGCCCUCUCCACCAGGCCUCGUCGUCCUCCUCCACCUCCUCGUCCUCCUCGGCGCUCAGCGUCGGGCAGCUCGUCAGCAAUCCGCAGACCGCCCCCAGUGAGGUGGACGGGGUCAACCUGGAGGAGAUCCGAGAAUUUGCCAAAGCAUUCAAGAUCCGCCGGCUGUCCCUGGGCCUGACGCAGACGCAGGUGGGGCAGGCGCUCAGCGCCGCCGAGGGGCCGGCGUACAGCCAGUCUGCCAUCUGCAGACACACCAUCCUGAGAAGCCACUUUUUCCUACCACAGGAAGCCCAAGAGAACACUAUAGGUAACAGUCUGACAGGCAAACUGAACCCUGGCCUUUUAUAUCCUGCCAGGUUUGAGAAGUUGGACAUCACCCCUAAAAGCGCCCAGAAGAUUAAGCCGGUUCUGGAGCGCUGGAUGGCCGAGGCUGAAGCCCGCCACCGAUCCGGCAUGCAGAACCUGACUGAGUUUAUCGGCAGCGAGCCUUCAAAAAAACGCAAGCGGAGGACCUCUUUCACCCCGCAGGCUCUGGAGAUCCUCAACAGCCACUUUGAGAAGAACACGCACCCCUCCGGACAGGAAAUGACGGAAAUAGCCGAGAAGCUGAACUAUGACAGGGAGGUGGUGCGGGUCUGGUUCUGCAACAAGAGGCAAGCCUUGAAAAACACAAUAAAGCGCUUGAAACAGCCCGACCUGGGAGUGGCCACGCCCAUGGACCCCCUCACUGACUCUCUGGAGGAGCUCCCCAAGUGAGCCGGCGGCGAACGCCACCCGGACGGACGGACAGCUCGCAGACAGAAACUUUGUGUUGUCAGUGUGAUUACUGCAAUUGUGUAAAUGCUCCUGGCAGAACCAAAACACGGCGAAGAGAUUAGAAUCCUGUAAAAACCAAGCGGCGUCAAAGAGUUUUAGAUUCCCGCCGCACAGACCCGUACAAAAAUUGUGGCUCCCGCGAGGAGGGAUCAUACCAAAUCGAAACACUAUUUACCAAAGUCUGUUGCAUCUGAGUACUAAGAAUAAUUUUGUAACUUAAAUGUGCUCUAAAUUUUUACAUUUCUACUAAGCUAUAUGUGUGAGUGUACAUUUUGUCCGUUUAUUCUUGUUUGUAUGUAAAUAUUUAAAAAAAGUGGGGAAAAAAAUAAUGAAAAGAAGUGGCAUAAGUGUGUCGUUUGUGUUUCAUCUGCAAAUAUUUUCAGUCACGGUGUUAAUGAUUUCACGAGAAGGGACGGAGGGAGGAGGAAACCUCUCCCGAGGGGGUCCGCCGCAGCUUUGUUUUUUCGAUCUGUUGCCAAAGCCCGAUAGCCAAAGAACACACAAACUUCAGCUCAAGGACUGGGGACGAUUUUACCGUUUUAUUUCCUCCUUUUAGUCAUUUUUUUUACUAUAUGUUGAACAAAAAAAGAAAAAAAAUAACUUUUCGCCUCUGCAUGCUUCAAGUCACACUGGAGUUGCUUGUCUAUAGAUUUGUCCCAAACUAUUUCACAAUUUGACUGAAAAUGUUUCAUUUAAAAUAUUGUAAAAGUGACAGAUUUUUUAGCUGCUUUUGUAUCGAUUUAAUGAAAAAAAAAAAAAAAA